AUGCCUCCAGCUGAAAGGCGCAAGCCAGGAAGGAAAACGAAGAGUAACACAUUCAGAAAAGGACACCAACCGUGGAACAAGGAGAAGAAGUUGUCUCUCAGCAAUGACGUCUGCAACACAGCGCUCACUAGUGUCACUCGUCCAGAUAUGACCGUUUACAAAGCCAUGUCAAAGAACUACGAUGGACCUACUAAGACUGUUCCCUGGAAGUUGAGACCUAAAAAGCAAAUAACAGAUUUAAAGGAAACAUGUGAAGAUUCAUCAGAGAAUAUCAUUGUUAACUUUACAAAAUUACAAGAUUGUAUUAAAUUAUGCAUGCGCCACAACUGUAAAAGGCCGGAUAGUGUGAACACGUCAAUUGUUCACAGAAAGGGAAUGUGUAUAUCACUUCAAACUAAAUGUAAUAGAUGUUCAUUUGAUACCAAACCAUGCAAGUUAUACACAGAAUGUAUAAAACAAAACAGGGGUCCAGCAGCUGGAUGUUUAAAUGAGGGACUAUCUAUGGCCACUCUGAAAUCAAAAAUGGGGGGAUCAGACGUACAGAUGUUAAUGGCCUGUUUAGACAUUCGUAGUCCCUGUUUAACUAAUGUCAACAAUAAAAAAAUCACUAAACAGUGUGAAAAAAUGGUUGUAAUGAAUGAAAAUACAAUGAUGGAAAAUCAGAAGUUUGUCGCGGAUGUGGCAACCUGCCUCGGAAAGGGAAAUCUUGUCGACGUAGAAAGGGACACAUGCUACAACAAUCGCAACCAAACCGGUUAUGAGGCAGCUAGCCAAUCCUUCAGUCCAAUAAUUGAAAAAAUGACAGGUUAUAACCUUCCUGUUGCCAUGGCAACAGCAAAUAAAAUAUGUUCAAAAAUUAAUAGUUGUAAUCAUGAUGUAAAAAAAUGUUCUCUAACUUAUAAUACUGAUGAAUCCAUUUCUUCGAGUGAGGCGAAACUUGCCAACAAAAACUUGGAGAAAAUUCACAGUGCUAAAUUACUCACUAUAAACUCUGUAACCAGUGACGUGAGUGCUCAAAUAGGCAAAGUCGUGAGAGAAUUUGGCCAAAAAAAUGGUAAAAAUAUUAAAUACUUUCAGUGUUUUGUUCAUCGAUUACAUACUCUCCAGAAAAAAGUGAAAAGCAUAUGUUUUUCGAAACUUCUGCCUGGUUAUCAAAAAGACAUUUUUCAGCAAAAACUUGCGACAUGUGUACGUUCUUGGGUGAGAUUAGAGCUUGUGCGUAUUCAAAAAACUCACACUUCUGACACUUUUGCGCCCAAAGCGCUACUGGCAGUAAAAAACAUGAUAGACUAUUUCAGCAGGUCCCACAGUAGAUGUGGGGAAAGAUCUUUUGUAUGCCGAGCUAAUACAGAUUCAUUUAAUACACAGUUUCUGCCAUACGGACAGUACUUGGAACUUGCGGCUGAAGACCGUGGAAAAAUAGAAUCUGUAUUAAGCAAAUCGUUAUCACUGGAAGUUUUAAAUAAAAUAUCACUUCUGUAUACUACAAAUCAAUGGGAGAGCCUACAUCACAGAUUUUUUACGUAUGCUCCAAAAUCUGUGCUGUAUAAAAGAAAUUUUAAUGGACUUUGUCAUUCGGCCUGCCACUCAGCAACAUUUGGAACAGGCAGAUUAUCUGUGCUUUAA